AUCGCUGGCAUUAUCAUCAACAGCACAGUACUCCCCAGCAUUUCAUGCAGCAUCCGAUUACGAUAAACAACAAUAUCGAAUAUUGUGUGAGCGAUUAUUGGGUUUAAAUCCAGCCCAAAUUAGCAUUUGUCAACAGCAUCCGUUUGCAAUUCCAUCUAUUGGACGUGGUGCGAGAGAUUCAGUUGUUGAAUGUCAAGCACAAUUCAAAUUUGAAAGAUGGAAUUGUUCGGAAAGGAUAAGUAAGCAUUCAAACGUAACAACAAAUGGUUUUCAAGAUUUGCUUGGACAAACACUUCGAGCUGGAAAUAGAGAGACGGCAUUUAUCUCAGCCGUUGCAAGCGCUGGUAUUGUGCAUGCUAUUACAAAGGAUGCAGUGCUGGAUCAUGCGAGUACAAUAGGACGAGAAAAAUUUUCAUGGGGUGGUUGUUCGGAUAAUUCCAAAUAUGGUGUUCAUUUUGCUAAACAAUUCCUGGAUCGUUUUGAACGAGAGCAAUAUGAGAAAGAUCGUGAUAUAAGACAUCUGAUGAAUCUUCAUAACAAUUUUGUUGGUCGUGAGGCAAUUGUCCAAAAUAUGCGCAAACAAUGUCGAUGUCAUGGUGUAAGUGGUUCAUGCGAAUUUAAAACUUGCUGGUUACAAAUGCCAAGGUUUGCUGAAAUUGGUGAAAUGCUGAAACAACGCUAUAAUCAUUUUGCUGUUCAGGUAGCAAAAAGGGCUAAAAAACGUUUACGAAGGAAAGAACGUUCGGAAAGAAAAAAACCAUUACGUGGAAACGAAAUUGCUUACAUUAACAAAUCACCAAAUUAUUGUGAGCGGAAUGAUGCCGAAGGUAUUCUUGGUACACAUGGCCGAGAAUGUAAUCAAUCAUCACUUAAUUCGGAUAGCUGUGAUCUAUUAUGCUGUGGUCGUGGCUACAAUACGAAAGAAGAAAUACGUACGGUGCAAUGUCAUUGCAAGUUUGUUUGGUGCUGCUCCGUGAAAUGCAAGACAUGCACGGAGAAAGUUCUUGUUCAUACAUGCAAAUAG